AUGUUGAAAGAGCGAAGAGGGCCCCCUUAGAAAAAGAGAUUUAAAGUAGUGCUACCAAAGUCAAAGAACUCUGAGUCACUAAAAUAAACAUACAGUAAAACAUUCAAACUACACAGAGUAUUCUCAGCUAACGACAUAAUUGAUAAGAAAAUAUUGAUGUCGGAGAGUCCUCUAAAUGAGUUCCAACAGGGUAAAUACUUGAUGCAAGGAAAAAUAAUCAACGCUAAAGCUCAGUAGUAUAUCGAUAAUUGCCAGAUUUAACUGAUAUCUGGGACAUUGCGUGAGAUUGAGAAACUGAAUUAGAAACCAGAGGAUAUAGAGAAAUUAGUACAUUUAACAGAUUACAUCUCGAACGACUAGAAAAACAAAACAACAUACUCGCCUCCCUUUAAAUUGCGAACACCAAGACCUAAUUUGAGUUUUGAAAAUCCUUUGACAAGAAUCCUUAGUAAAGGCCUGCUGAAGAAAAUAGAGGAUUUGCGGCAAAUUCACGACAGAAGGAAUCCUGAUGAUAAGCCAAUUGUUGAGAAAUAAGUCGGAGAUUUCAUAAACUCCACUAACUACAAAUCAAUGCACAUCCUUGCUAAACAAAAUUUGCUUGAGCAUAUUCGAAUGCUAAAAUAGAAGAUAGAGGACAUGCAGCCAGUAAAUGGCAUAUUUAAGAUUUCAAAGUCUUAACUUAGGGAUAGACAGAAGUACGGAUAUUCAAGGCGCUAGUCAAUCUAGAAGGAAGAGUAAAUUCCACCACUUGGGGCAUAUGAGAUAGAUGGCAGUAACCUAACUAAGAAACCGCUCAAAGGAGUGUAUGUAGAUUAUGAGAGAUAAGCGCAGACAGCAGCACCUUCACUCACCAGAGAGAAAACUUACAAGAAUUUGAACUUGUCCGUACUAACCUCUGAUGUGCCUUCACCUGAAUCGAAGAACACACAGAGGUUCCAAAUCUUUACCCCUAAAAUUCAGAAUACAACUCAAUUAACGAAUCUACCAAUAGACUCAAUAAGAAAUUCAACUUCGAACAUCACAACAGCUAUGAAUACCAAUAGAGCAAGCAUUCGCUAGCAUUUGAGAUAAAGAUAGUCACUUCCAGAAGCACUGACCCCUCAAGACCCUUCAUUGAUCUUCUCCUUCAACAUUAUCAGUACAACUGAGUCUAAUAGCAACAGUCCCCAUAAAUCAAGACAACAUCAAGCCUUCAACAACAAGUUUAACACCAUCAUAAAUACCACUACUCAUUAAAAGCAGCAAUCUAGAUUAUCUGGAGUAUAACUCAGCACUCAACCAAGAUUCAAAGAAUAUGACUAAAUGAUAACUCAGAGACACGAGAAAAAUGUUCAGAGGAAGCUCAGGAUGUUUGAGCAUAGCGAUAGGUACUCUGAUUAAUUUAUCUUAAGGAAAUAAAUUGACGAGCAGUGCAUUAGAGAGGAAAAUCAGAGACAAUUCAGACAGACCAAGCAGUACUCAGUAAUGGAUAUCAUUGGCUAGGUCUAAAAAGUUAGAAAUGAAGCAGCCCGGUUGAAGCAAAUCAACAGAUCGCAUCAGAGAAUACCGUCAUCCCCACCUUUGUAAAUUCCAAUAUAUAUCUAAUAAAUUCAGAGGAGAGAAAUUCAAUUUUGUGACAGCAGUGCAUGUGAAAGGGCGGAACACUGCUGCAAGUCAGCAACACCAUCAGGAUUCCAGAAACUUCACCAACUAAUCCAUCAAAGAUAGCCUUAUCUCGUACUCAUCACUAACAUUCAUGCUUAUAGGCAAAACACAUAAGAAGAUAUGAAAAUCAAAGUAGAGACAUAUGCUGAAGAUGAAUAGACUACGAUACAAUUAUAGCAGUAGCAAAUGAUAGAUAAGCAAAGUAUUAAUGGAUCCUCAAUCUGGAAAAAUGAAAAAAUCAAGCUAGUUUAAAGCAGGCAGUACCCAAGGAGUAUGUCACAGUAAUAGAGUAGGUUUUAGUUCACUGGGUCACAAAUUGUGAACACUUAGUCUCAAGACUAACUUCCUGGAUUUAUCAAUAUGAGGUAGACUUUUCAAGGAUUUAAGAUGUCAGGCAUUCAAUAAUAGUCUAUCUUAAUAAGUCCUCACUCAAGCUCGUAGCAAUAGAGACCUACACAUAGCUACAGAAUAAGCACUUCGCACAUGAAACUGCCUUCAGUUGCUACACCUCUCACUCAGAAUCCAAACAUGACUUAAUCUUCAGCAAAUUAAACCUUGUAGAAAUUCAUGCCAUCACUUGAGCAGACAUACUUGAAGAACCUAAAUUUUCAACAUCAAUUUGAAUCAUAGAAACUUAAAGUAAAAACUCAAGAUCUCCUAGCCAAUAUCAUAGAUAAAAUAGGCGAGAGUGGACAUCAAAAAGGUGUCAAAAAGGACAAAACGCUGAGGAAUACUCUAAUUAAAUUGAAUUUGCUAUCUCCUAAUUCUAAACCAGCUGAAAGCUUGUUGGAUGACUUGGAAGAGUAAAGUCUACAGCAUAAUGUAUAUAAACUCUAGCAAAAAACCAGAAAUAGAUCUUAGAAAUAGCAUGGUACAAGCAUUGCAGCAUUCAACUUAACUAGCUCUUAGUCAAUGAGAAAUUUGAAAGAUUCAAAGCGUUCCCAAGAAACAAAGCUAAGAGUCUUUAAGCCUCGCAAGGAGCUCAAGAAAUUCUUCAAAGAUAUGGACAUUGAGAUUGCUGAUGAAUUGGACCGCAACCUAUACUAUUUGCCUCCAGACCAAGAUGAAAAGCGUAACAUGAUUCCUAUGGAGUACUUUGAUGUUUGCUAAAAUAUGGAUAAAGACUUGAAGAUAUAACUAGGAAAAACUAAUACACUCACUCUCGUACUAGACACAGUGAAGUAAACUUGGAAUUGGCAAAGAUGCUAGUUGUUAUAGAUUGAUCAUUCGUAGUAGCUACACAAAUUAAAGAUACAGUUUUAAAGUACUGAAGGAGAGGAUAUAGUUAAGAAUGUCUCAAGGCUUAAUUUGAUUUUUGAAGAUUUGGAGGAUAUGGAAUAGUUUCUUAAGAGAAGACGUUUGGCUUCAGAGCUUAGAGAGAUUUAUUUGAGUGUCAUUAAGUAUAUCAAAAAGAUCAAUAAAUUCAUCGCAUAAAAGGAGAAUAAAUACGAUAUCAUUAAGGCUCACUCAAUCUUCGAGCCAAAUUAAUAUAACAAAGACAACACCUAACUUAUUUUUCAGAAGAUAACUCUAAAUCCUCAAAGUCUCUAUUAAAGACUGCUAUUGCACAUGGAAUAGAUCUAUAAGAAAAUUAAAGUAGGAGAUGAAACCUUGGAAAGUUCUAAAACAGAGAUAGAAGACAUAUACAGAUUUUAGGUUUAUAAGUAUGAAUUCGAUUGUGAAAAUGGACUUGAAUUAACAUUUGACUAGUCAACUGCAUUUCUAUAGAAAAAGCUUAAGAAACUCAGAUCUUCUCUAAUGCCAAGUGAAACUUUGAAUCAAUUAGAAUACUUAGUUUACAAGGAAGAGAUAGAAUCUGAAAAUGUUUUGCCCAUACCUAAUCUACAGAGCAAAGCUUCAAUCAAUACUCAAGCUCAAGUAUAAUUGCAUGGCUUCUUGUACCAGAGAUUUAAUGAGGCAAAACAUAAGAUAAUCUAGAUGUUCCCCUCAUAAAACAAGCUAUUCACCAUCAAAUAUCUAGCACUAAUCAAAUAGAUAGAGAAUGAUGUAUAAAGACCUCUAUUCAGACCUUUUUUCACGAUAGCACUGGCACCCAAGGUAGACUCUUAGCAGUAAGAUAUGCUGCCCUUGAAGUUUACUACGUUCUAGGAAAAGUUUUAUAGUGCAUAUCUAAGUGAAGUGAAGUUCAUAAAAAAUUUGAUUAAAUAAGCCAAUUAGUCAAUGGUCACACUUAUUAAUGAAGAGCUGAAGCAAAUACUUAAAGAAUACAAUGUGUUUGAGAAUGUUAACAUAAUUGAUGAGCUUAACCUCCAUCACAAAAUAACUUAACAAUUUGAAAAAGUAGAAAAUCACAAACAAGAAAUCUUAGAUGCCCUGGAAGAUAAUCAAGAUAAUUAAGGAAAUGAACAAGUAAUCAUGGAUGAAUAUAAGCUUACCUAAGAGCUGCUUCAACUUUACAAGUAGAACUGUCAAAGGCAUAUUAAGCAGCAGGAAUUCUUCAAGUCCUCUAAAUUGAAGCAUCUAAAUUCAGAAUAGCUAAGUCAAUUACGAACCAUUAUGACAGAUCUGAAGCACAGAUACAUUUACAACGUCAAACUACUGAACAUAAUUCUAGAAUCUAAUUUGAGAGUCUCACUUAAAGAAUCUUACUUGAGACUGGGCAAGGUCAUGUUAAAAUUUAUCAGUGAAAAGCAAUAUGAAAUGAUCAUGCAGCAUGGUAAAGAUGAGAUUGACGAUGAAAAUUUAAAGCACAGCGAUAGUGGUAUACUGCUUAGGUAAAGAAGUGGUAUAGACAAUCAGCUAAGAGAUAUUUAGAGAAUAAGUUUGAAUUUCAACUUUAGAAAUGUGGCUGUGGGAGGAAUAGACCCAUCUCUCAAGGCUGUCAAAAGUAUGAGGGAUAGAUUGCAUUAACAGAUAUUGGAUUUACGAUAUCAAAUGAAAGAUGAAAAGUAUCAAAGAGAGUGGAUCACGCAGACAAUUUUACACUAAAAACUAUAAAUGAAGAGUAUGAGUGUGUUCUACACUGGAAUCAUUCCUUUCGUUCAAUGCGAGUACGUAGUUAGGAAAAUAGUUAAGUAAAAAUAUCACAACCAUAAAGAUAAAAAACAGCCAUUUACUAGAUCAGCUCUCAGAGAUCUCAAAGUUAAUAACAUUAAAAAGCAGAUCUAAAGGAAUCUCUAAGAUGUCUAAAACGAUAAUGGUUCAGGGUUAGCUGAAAAAAUAGCCUUUCUGUUUGACAAAGAUCCCUUGUAUAACCUUGAAUCGCUUUUGGAGCAAUAUGUUAAGUCUGAUGCUGGCUUCGUUAUCUCUACACCAUCAAGGUAUAGAAAAAAUACACCUUAAAAAGAAAAUGAUGAUCUCCAUAAAAAUAGACAGCACUUCAAGAAUCUCAAAAAAGAAUUAGGUUACUUUGAGUUCGAUCUUUCAGAGUUUAUGAUUACUCCAGAUAUAAAAGAUGAAAUGUUCAGAGAGUUCAUUCAACUUUUCAAGGACCCUCUUAAGAAGAUUAAACUCCUAGAUUAGAUCAAUCUAUUCGACUCCGAUAUACUAACUUUUACAUAGGAGGAUGCAAAAUUAUACUAUCUAAAGAAUAGCGAAGUCAAGAGGGAAGGUAAACUACAAGUAAAAACAGCUAAAAUGCUAUAUAGUGAAGUAUCAGAAGUGAUGUCACUAAUGAUGCAAGCUAAUUUCUUGCCCUUCUUAGCAUUCAUAAUCAUACUUAGUGAAUACGAGUACUUCGUGCUUUACAAAGACUUGGGAUACUUACAAAGUAUUGAGAAACUGAUAGAUAUUUCUCACUUUCCAAUCGUAAUUAACGAGAUCAGAAGAAUUGAGUAGGAUCUCCAAGAUAUUCAGUUGAAACUGCCAAAUGAAUAUGUGUAAGGCAUGUUCUAAAUAGACUUUAAGAACCUUAAGGUAUACUUACUCAAGAAAGGAACAAAGCUAAGAGAUAAGAUGUGCAGUUUACUAAAGAACAAAUUUACUAGUGAAAUUCGAGGCAUCGACUCAGAAUGCAGAGCCAUUCGCAAAAAGCUGAGUCAAAAACCACACAACAUCAUAGAAUUUAUAGACAUGAUGGUUUUCUUGAGAGACUCUAAAAAUGAUUUGAUUAAACCCUCUAACAUUGAGCUAGAAAACUAUGAGUCACCUCUUACAAAUUAAACAAUGAGAAUUGAACUCUAACUCUAACAAUCAAUAGACAACUAAUCAUCUAACAACUAGAACCCAGAUCUUUCAACUUCGUAGUAAUAGCUAUAAUCUUAUCAGCCAUAAGUUUCAAGACAAGGUGAAUAUGAGUCACAGAUAAAACAGAUUAAGCAAAGAAUACAGAACUCCAAGUUGUUGGAGAAGGCACUUACAGAUCUAAGAAUCAUGUUUGAUGUGGCUUAGAUUUACGAAUACUUUAACAACUUUGAAGUGCCGAAUAUGCUUGAGGUGAAGAGAUAGUUGAUGAUCACUGAAAUGCUGCUUUCUAAAGGCAAGUUCAAGACUCAGGUUUAAAAAGAGGCUAGAGAGUUAGAUAGCGAGUUGGAUGCUAUGAUCAAAAUGAUGGAACAGCUGAUAAAAGUGGAGUCAAUAGAUGAUGGAAUCAAGUUUCAAGAGCAGAAUAAGUAUAUCAAUGAUAUGAAGGAAAUGAUUGAAAACUACUCAGACAGAGCAGGCUAGCUAGUGUAUCAAUAAGAAUUCCUGAAAAUCGACUAGGUUGAGAGAUUUGACUAGCUCAUCUAUCUUAGCACUUGGAUAGAGCCAUUAUUCCAUAUGUGGGAGUUGAUUUCAAACUGGCGGUAUGAGAAAGAUAGAUGGUACAUGUCAAAGUUUGACAAGCUAGACAUUGAAGAGAUUUAGGAUCUGCUCUAGAAAUUCAUGAAAGUCGAGGAUGAGCUCAGAGCCAACACUCAAUUAGUACUGAUUGAUAGCAUAAUGAAGGUUCUGGACCAGCUAAAUUAAGAGAUGCAGGACUGCAAUUCCACUUCAAUUCCUAUUCUGCUGUCUUUGAUGAGUCAUUUUAUUAAGCCAAAGCAUUGGAAAAUCCUGCAAAAUACCUUAUAUCCCAGCAAUAGCAUAUAUGAUCAAGUAACGCUUGCGCCUGAAUAGACAUCUUUAGAAGACUUACUGCAAGCACAUGUACUCUCUCACUUAAAUGUGAUUAAGGAUAUAACUUCCACUGCCUAAGUUGAAUUCGAGGAAGAAUAAACACUAUAAAUUAUUGAAGAUGAAUUGAGAAAUUUAGAGUUCAGAUUCGAAACUCAUCCUGGUGAUGGCUACACCCCUAUACUAUGUGAACCAGAGGAAUUGAGUGCUAAGCUCCUAGAUCAUAACUAUAGUAGCUCCAUUAUACUUAAAAAUAGAAGGAAGUUCUCCACUGUGACAAGAAAACUUUAAAAUAUUCGCAGGAAACUUAAGCUAUUUUCAAAAACUCUGAUAAAGAUUGGCAGUGUCUAGAGAUAAUGGCUAGCAUUAUUUAAGGCUUUCUAGAUAUAAAAUAACAACAUUAUGAGUCAGUCCUCCAAGAUGGUAUAUGAGAAGUUUUCAAAGCUAGAUGAAAAGGCAAAAGACAUAUUCAAGAGUCUUCGAGAGUACCUUAACAUGAAAAGAGGCUAAAUGCCAAGAUGCUAUUUCCUUUCUGACGAAGAUCUUCUUAACAUUAUAUAUCACAAAGAUGACUUUAUAAGGAUUUCAAAGCUCUUCACCAAGUGCUACAAAGGCAUAAGCUCUUUCAUUCUAGGAGAUAAAAACAGCAUCUUAGGUGUUCACAUCUCAUCUCUUGGAGAAAACUUUAGAUUUGACAAGCCGAUGAAUAUAAGCAGUGCGAACAAUGCUGAUUAACUAGGAUCUUUUCUCAUUGAACUAGAAAAUAACAUAAAGUAAUAGAUGAAGUCAGAUGUUUUGAGCUAUCUGGUCGCAAACAAACUCCUAGGUGACCAGCUUUCUCUUGAUAUUCCUUAUUAAAUAUGGGCUCUUUGCAUGAAUAUCAAAUUUCACUAUGACAUACCGGCAUUAUACUAUGGCUCUAAUCCAAAGAUAACUGAAGAAGAGGUAGUAUAGUAGAAACAGAACACAGCUAAGCAGUUCAGAAAGUACGAACUGUACUUGCAAAACUAAGUUGAGUCACUAUCACUUCGACUGAGAAAGCAUGUCAAAGACAUCAAGAGACAUGAUCCUUAUCAGCAGACAAUAAACACCAGAAAAUUAUAAAAUAACAAACUAAAACUGGAAAUUAAUGAUGAUAUUGAGGAAGAUCCCAAUGAAAAUGAUGGAAAUGCACAUUAAUUGAGCAUAGAUAAGCACAUCAAGGGAGUAAAUCUGACUUUGAACAAGGAUCUUUAGAGUGAGUUACUAAUGAAGAAAUUUGAGAGUCCUCUCAUUAGGAAUGAACCGAGACAGAAUAUGCUUUAAGGAUCGAAUGGGGGAGAUGCUUUGAGAUCUCAAAGAGAGCAUCGCUCUCCACAGACAGAUAUGCAAAAGGAUCUUUAAGCAAUGAAUAGUAAGAGCAAGCUUAGCCGCAAGGACUUCAAACUGCCUAAGAUGAAUAGCAUCGAGAAUGACGAGUAUAAGGCAUAGGAUUUGCAGAAGAUACAGUACUUGCAUCUAGUCAAACUUGAAAACAUGCUAAUCUUGACUUUGAAUCAGAGAGAUAAAGUUGACUUUAUCAAAGGGAAGAUCAAGGAUAAUGUGCUGAAUGUGCAGUCAUAUGAAUAUCUAAGCAUGAUCAAGUUCAAGAUUAUAUUCAAGCCUGGAAUCUUUAAUGACGACUACCAAGGAGAUGAGGAAAAUAGGUGGACAAAAGCCAUGAGUGGGGGAUAGACCUACACUAGUAAUGUCAGAGUGCAGGAUAUGUUUAACAUCAAGCUUGACUCAUCUGAUGCUGAAGAGAGAUAACAUCUUCAGUAACUUAAUUUAGUGAACAACAUAAUGCAAAUGAGUGAGUAAAAUCUGGUCCAUCCAUUUGAUUCAGAGCUAAGUCAAGAGAAGAGGAAGAUUGGCUUUGACUAUAACAAGUACAAAUUUUACAGAAACAUGGAGUUAGGAAAGGAUGUCUACUCCAAAGACUCCCAAGAAGAUUCGGAAUCAUCUCACUCAGAGGACUAGAAUAUCAUUGGAUCUAACUAAGGAUUCGUUUAAACUCAACUUUACAAGUAUUUGAAGAGGAAUAAAUCCCAGCAAGGCAUGAUAAAUUCAUUUGACAUUCAUGCGUACACUAUGAAUACUUCCAACUAAUAUGGCUAUGAGCUUAAUCCCUUUGAUCAGCAAUGCUAGGCUGAAAGUUUCAUUCUGACUCCUAUAACUGAAAGAGUAAAUUUGCACAUGCUUCAAGCCCUGACAUCUAACUAAUGUGGAUUAAUAGUUGGAAACUCAGGCACUGGCAAAACUGAAACUAUGAUCAAUCUAUUCACCACACUCGGCUAGAAGUACUACAUUUGGCCGUGCAGAGGAGGUAGCUUCACUUACCAGUGUAUUUCUAGGAUCAUUAAAGGCACUGUGGCAAGUGGAUGCAUAAUGUGUCUAGAUGAUGUGAACUAAUUACAGAGGGAACUACUGUCAUAACUCAUUCACAAUAUUAGCAUAAUAAGAGAAGCCAUUUUCAAGUAAUCACAUAACAUCUUCAUUGAGGAUGAGAUAAUUUCACUGCUUAAUACUAAUAACAAGCAGUAACCUACUACUAGGAGGACCUUUAGUAUAUUUAUGACGUACACUUAUAACAACGAGUUACCCAGAGACAGGAAUUUGUUUGAAUCGGCUGAAGACCUGAGAGCUAUCAAUCUUGAAAGUCUUGGAAAUCAUAGACACUUCAGAGUUACCUAUCUCCUCAAACCUGACACUAAAGUCAUCAUAUCCUAUCUAUUCUAGGCUGCAGGCAUAAAGCAUUAAGAUAAACUGACCCAGCAGUUAAUGCUAUUUUUCCUCUAAAUAGGCAGUAUUGACUACAUUGGACAUAUCAAAGAAGCUAUUAACUAUAUCAAGCAUUAGAAUCAAAAGUCAAACUUUGAGCAGUCUUCAGAGCAACUUACAAGUAAAGUUCUAUCUGAACUCUAUCCCUUGCAUUCUGAGUUAAUCAGAAAUAUCUUUGGGACAUUUGUUGAUCCAAAAGUCUAGCAGUAAUAGCAGCAAUAGCAGUAGAACUUGAAAUACCAAAAGACAAGGAGUCUUAGUGAGGAAAGCAAUCCAGGCUUGAAGUUGAACGUAGAGGAUGAGGAAUCUAUAAAAGUUUCAUAAGAGGAUGAAAACCUGACUCAGCUGGAAGAGAUGAUUCACGAUUCAGUCAAUCGGGUUGUUGCUGACUUCAAGCAAAUCAACAAUAAGAUACUAAUCCAGAAAUACAUAAAUGCAGUCCUCAGACUUUGCAACACUCAGCACUUAUUCAAGGAGGAGUUCUCAAUAUUGAAUGCACCAGUUAAUGAGAAAUCCAGGAGUUUGCUAAUAGUAGGACCACCAGGGUCGGGAAAGACUAAGUUCAUUCAGACGAUAGCUAAAGUGUUCUACAUAUCGAUGCUAAAUGAGAAGGACUUCAAUCUGCACUAUAUUAAUGCUGAUUCAAUGCCUUAAGGCAGACUUUGGCUUUCUCAGAAUAAUGUCACGAAUAAUCAAUAUGAAUCUAAUGACCAAAGUAACAGUGAGACUUUGAAGGACGGAGUCGCUUUAUCAAUUAUAAAUGCAUGCGCUUCUAAUUCAGGAUACAUUUCUAACAGUCAUUUCUGUUCAGAGAACAUUACUAAGGUCUUUGCUUUGAACUCUAAAAGACUCUAAGGCGCUUACUAUCCUUAAUUAAGUGACAAUAGAGGUAGACUUAUGUCUGUUCAUUCAAUGUGGUUCAGCGAAGUAUAAUCAACUUAAGACUAAAGAGGGCGCUAGAAAUCAAUUAACUUUAGAAACCAAAGGUCUAAUUUGCCUUAGCAUAUUAACCCUGGCAGUAACUCCAAUUCCCAGAGUCAGACUAAUCAAGGUGGAGCAAAUAGAUAACCAAGCAUGUCUUCAGCCAAGGGAGGUAGCAGAGGAAAUAACUAGACUACAACUGGGGAAAGUGAUUUGAAUGUAACUAAGAUACUCAGCUACACUGAGCGCGACUGGAUUAUAUUCGACGGUAAUUUGUCAAAUAACAGCCAACACAUGAUAACAAUAGGCUGGAUUGAGAAACUAUUGCCUUUGAAAUUCAUAUACAAAUCCAAUGGUGAUAUCAAUGAGUUGCCUAGACACUUGAAGAUAAUAAUAGAGACUGACAGCAUAGCUCACUCUAAUCCCUCUGUAGUUUCGAGGAUACCGAUUGUCAACAUAGACGAAGAUGACAUUAACACUAAGGAAUUGUGGAUUAACUAUAUCAAGCACAGCUUUAGUCCCUUCUUUAAGAUCAGCAGCAAUGAAAUGGUCUCGUUAUACGAGGAGUCAGUCAGCAGAAUAUUUGACUAUAUUAGCAAACAGAACGUAAGCAUAGCUCAUCUUAAAUUAAUAUAGAAUCUCAUGAUAAUGAAGUAGUCUCAUAAGACGAUAGCUAAUCACUUCAUCACAUACUUUGAUAUUUUAAUGGAUGAAUACCUGAAACUGCUAAUAAUUAACAACAGAGCUUCCUAUGAUAAUAUCUUGUACAGAUAUGGAUCAAAGCUCUCAAUAAGUUCAACUAUCUAAAAUCAGUAGAGUUCUAAUCUGAAGAGCUUUGCAAAGUAAAACCUUGGGGCUGCUGCUCUAGCCGACAGAAGUGGAGGUGGGAACUCUCAAAGAGAUAAUCAAUCGGUUUACUCCUUGCCAACACUCUCAGUUUAACAUUCAAGGAAAGCACCAUAGCCAGGCGUAAGUGGCAGCAACCUAGGAGGGAACGCCAAUUUUUCUCAGUUCAGCAAGUAAAACCUAGCUUCACCAAAUAGAGCAAGUAAUGCUAGCAAGUAUCAUCUUUAGGGAACUAACAGAAAACCCUCAUUUGUACACGACUUCGUUGAGUAAAACAUUGAAAAAAGAUUCAAGGAAUAGAACCCAAUCGAGCUAUUCAGUUACUUCAUUGAAGCUGUCAUUGGAGUGUUUGGAAGCAUACUGAACCUCAAAGGCUAGAGAUUGAUAUCUGAGAAGUUCCUAAAACCAAUGAUCAAGAAAUUUCCAUUUCCUUUUCAUGUUCAAGGUGACACUUAGAAAGCCUAGUAUAGAGACUAUAACCUUAUGAAUCUUUACCAGCAACAGCUUAAGUAAAUCAGAGAAUGCGAUAAUGUGUUCAACAACUUUUACGAUUACUAGUCAGGCAAGUGGCGUCAAUGGAAUAAAAAGGUCAAGAUUCAGGAGAAGUUCUUUAACAGCGGUAAGUUUGUGCCUAAUAAGCACCAGUUCAACUAUCUGGAGCAGCUUAGACUGAAUAAGGGAUUUAGAAAGAAGUUGAAAGGCAAGAAAUCAGGACUCAGUCUUGAGGAUACUCACAUAAAUAUCCUAGACAGCAAAAAUGAAUUCAUAUUUGUCCAUGAUGAGUAAACAAAGAAGGCUUUGUACUAUUUGAAGCUCUUCGUCGCCUUUAGAAAAGACAUCUUAGUCUGUGGUCCAGUAUCUUGUGGGAAGUCUAAGCUAAUUCGAUUUAUGAUAAACUCAGAUGUAAAGCAGAAGAACUAGAACGAAAAAGGCAUGCCUAGAUAUUUAAGCUCUUCUAUUCAGCAGUCCACUACUCUGGAUGAUCUGCACAUGCUGAUUGAGAGCAAUAUGAUUCUUUAGAAGAAUGGUUCAUUCGCACCACCUUCAAAGCAGCCCACGAUCUUAUUCAUUGAUGACCUUAACCUGUCUAAGAUAUCUCAGGAGUAUGAUGUCCAGUCACCAGCAGAGAUAAUCAGAGAUUACGCCUCCUUCAAUGGCUGGUAUCAAAAGCAAAAUCAGAGAUUCUACUAUUUCAGCAACCUAAGCUUCAUCGGCGGCUACACUUACAUUCAGUCAUCAGAGGACGGGCCUAUGCAGCAAGAGACAUUCCAGUGGGUGCCUGGGUUCUCGGAAAGAACGCAAAGACAUAUGCUUCCAAUUAGGAUGGAUGCAAUGAGUCAGCAUCAAAUCAGAAAGAUAUUCAAGAAGACUUUGUUUUCAAACAUAGACAUUCACGAGGAUGACAGAUCAAUGAGAACGCUUGUGAGAACAUACGCUGACUGGUAUUUCCAGAACUUCUCGAGGUUUCAUUUGGACUCUAAACUGUUUGGCUUAAACUUCAACUUGUGCAAAGCUGGAGAGUUCUUGCUGAACUUCUAAAACAUUGCUUGGAGUGACUUCAGCUCUGAUGAAGAGGUAUUCAAGUUGUGGAUUAACCAACUUAGCAUGCACUUAAUAAGCAUUUACCCUUUCGUAGACUUCACCAAGUUCAUUGAUAUUUCAACUCCUCAAAUCAAGCUAAGAUAGCAACUCAACAAAAUUGAAACACUUAAACUUUUAGCAGACAAAGGUCAGUUAGCAAAGAAAUUUGAAAUUGAAAAUCCAAAUAUAAUUGAGGAAGACUCCUUUGACAAUAUCACCAAUUCAGAAAUCGAUAAGAAUCCAUCUUCACCUGAUCUUGGUAAAUCUGGUUUUCUUGGGAAAAAUUCUGAAAGAUUUUCUACUGACUCUCUUUUAGAUUCAGAUGAGGAUUGCAAAAAUAAAGGCAACAAGUAAAAUGACACCGAUCCAACUAAUAGUCUUCUUGAAGAAGAUGACGAUGAAGAGGAGAAUUCACAUUUAAAGUCAGGAAGUCCAGAUAAACCACCAGAUGAUGUCCAAUCAGAGGAUGAUUAGAAAAAAUCUAAAAAGCCCCGUGGCUCAAUAAUGGUCCAAAAGCAAUUGAUCGGCAUAGGUACUAGCAAGAGACCCAUGUUAAAGGAUCUAAACUAGCAAUUGAAAAAAUCUUAAGUUGUGAACAGAGAUCAAAUCAUCCCUCUAUUAGGCUAAGAUAAAACGAAAUUAGGCCGUAGAAGUGGGUAUAUGCCUUCAAUGGCUAAAGACUCUGGGGGCAAAGGCAAUCCAAACACCAAAAAGGAGAUAUUGAAUGAAGUAGUGAACAGCCAAUAGAAGUAGUCAUUGGAGAAAGAUCAAUUGCAGAUACCUAUGUAUGAGAUUUCAGAGUCCUCAUCUUCAUCUAGUCCAGUAAAGAGUGUAGAAAAAUCAAGUGAUUCCAAAGGGAGCGAAGCUUAGCAGAGCGACGAGGAGAGCAGUGUCGAUCACAAAGUUGAAGAUUCUAGUGAUGAGCAGUAAAAUGAACAUGAUUUCUAUGAUGUCAAUAACAAGGGUCCUAAAGAGUCAAGAGCUAUCAUAAAAUUGGGUGGAGGUAUUAGAAAGUUUAGAUAUCGAGCUAACCAGACUGAUCAUUCUCUCAAUUUCGUCGAAGCAAUUAAAAUUCAUCUCUCUGCUUUCUUGAACUACAUCGAAGAAGCCAAAAGAGCUCUUAAUUUGCAAUACUACAAAAGUAGCUUCUCAGAAAUCUAAAUAAUACUGUUUAAUCCAAAGUUAUAUGAGGCAAAGAUCAAGCUACUUUCACACGCCUCUAGUGGAGCAUCUUCAGUGAGCAGCGAAGAAACUCCUUAAAACCUAAUAAAUCAAAUAAACAAAGACAUAUCAACUCCCUCAGACGCAAGAAAAAUGACUAACCUUAUUAUCUAAGCCUCUAAGUUUGGAGAUGAUAUCAAUAGUAUCAGCCAAUCAAACAAAAACUUGCCUUAUGUCGGAGCAACCGCGACUAAAUUGUCUUGCGGCCCUGAGCUCAAUUUAAUCAGUGGACAUUAAAAAAAUGUGCAAUCACUGGUGAUGUCGCCUAUUCCCAAGACCAAAUUGAAAGAUAUCAAAGCCAGUCUCAAAACUUCCAGUGAACUAUCUGUAUCUAGAAUUGGAAGGAGAGAUGCACUUAAGAAUUUAGCUCCUGCUGUAUAAGAAAAUCUGUCUCAACAGAAUAUAACUGAUUCUAGCAUAUCAAUCCUAUCGGAUGACGAUUCUAAUAGUGGGGAUGAAUCAGAGUACAUGUCAGAUUUCCAAUUCAAUUACAAUGGCUGCAAGUAAAAGAACAACAUGAACAAGAAUCUAGCUCUGAGUCCUUAAUUCAGGAAAAAGCAUACUUUCAACACCAGUAUUACUGAUGAGAUGACUACUGACUUGUACAGAAAAAUCAAUAAUGAACUAGAUAUUGAAAAUGUUCAGGAGUAUUUCAAGCGUUAAACCCAAGACAUGCUAUCCACUCACUACGAUAUAACUCCCUUAGAAAUUCAGAUGCAGCCACCCACAAUGUAUGACAAUAUCGUUAAACUGAUCCUACAACUGACAUUCCUAUUCCAACUCAGCAACACUACUAAGAACAUUCUAUUGAACUGCGGAGGUUCACUGAACAAAUCUGAGUCGAGGAAGACUCCACUUAGAAUGAUAAAGUUCUGUGUCAAGUAAGCAACUAAAAGUCUAAAAAUGCCUCACUUCAUAUUCAAAGCGUCCAAAAAGCACUUGAAAAUGAAAGAGUUCUGGGAAAAUUUCAAGAGAGCAUGUGUAUAGGCAAUAAUCAAGAACAACUCCAUCGUAGUCACGUUUAUCUUCGACACUUAUAGACUAAAUCAUCAUUCAACUGAAGAUACCACAUAUAUGUCCUAGUUAAAUGAAAUCCUUCAGCUUGUGUCUUCCAUCAUUAGCGGACAAAGAAAUCAUCUGAUUAUCAACACCAAAGAUUUAAAGCGAUUCAGCAGAAAGCUCAGAGAUGUUAAUCAGUUGUAAGAUGAUGGUUCAACUGCUCAAGGUAUCAUAAGCGGGACCCCAUCAAUUGUAGACUUGACUGAGGACUAGAUAGAGUAUUUGAUAAUACAAAGACUCAAAGAUAACAUUAGAUUUGUUUUUGCAAUGAAAGACGAGAGAAGCUUAACUAAUAUAAACUACAGUCAUCUUAGAAAGGACAUCAACUACUUGGAGUUAAUUAUGAAUCGCUACUCGCAGAUAUAUAAAUACUCUCAGAUACUAUAAUUCGACAGCUGGCAUUCGAAUGUUGAAAUGGUCAUUAAAUACUAGCAUCAUUAGGAGCACAUGAUUCAGAAUCAAUCAAGAUUUUUACCUACCUUGAAACCUAUUUUUAAUCACAUAAGCGACAAGAAGUUCACUACCUAUCUUCCAAUUUUUAACAGUAUUUAUGCAAAGUUGAAGGUAUUUAAGGGCACAUUCACAGAUUAGAAGUACUUGAAUACAAUCAUAUCAGACAUACUCGACAAUCAAGAAAUGAUUACUACUUUCAUCGUAGGCAUCUAGAAUUAAAUAAGAGAUAUGUACUACAAAAAGGUGAAAAAGCACAAAGGUACAGUAAUCUAGCUUCUCAAGAAGUUCAAGAUACUGGAGGAAAUGCAUGCUAAGAAGGUGUUUAUAAUUGACCAUGAUCUGAAAGUGAAGCAAUCUAAUCUUGCCUAAUACAAGGUAUCUUUGAAGCAAUCUCUGAAGGAGAUAUUUGAGAAAGAGAGUAAGUUGAAUCUAGAAAAAAUGUCUCUCUAUGUGAUACUAAAGCAAAUGGAUGCAAACAAAAAACUAGAGGAAGGACUGAUCCAAUAUAGACAGAAGAUUUCAAAAAUAGAAGAGACAAAGUAAAAGCUAAUAAAAUCACUUUAAAACCAGUCUGAAUACGAAGAGUUCUUUAAGAACAUAAAGCGGGGAUCUAACAAAAACUUUAUUAUUUUGGCAACUGCCCUAAAUUACACACUUUCUAAAAAGUCUAUUAAAUUUGAUGAGGCAGUCUAACUCAAGAAAUUUGUUACAGAUUUUGAGGAACCAUUUUUCCUUCAAGAAAAAAUUGAGUAGUAUGUUGUCGAAGAGAAUGAGAGACCUCAAAAUAAAGCCCUUUUAGAAAAAAUUGAGUCAUUUAAUUGCAAUUUCGCAUUCCUCAAAUCUUCUCCAAAGGUCGCUAAAUUCAUUGGAUUUUUCAUCUAGGAUCUUUAUCAAUUUGGAGUUAAUAAGUACAACAAAAAUUUGCUAUUGUUUAACCCUGCUUUUGAAAACUAAUUGAUGGCUUACGAAGAUAUAUUAUCUAGACUUGAUGUCAUUUAAAGAUAAAGUCAUGAUAUGCUUUUGUAAAAGAUUGAUUUACUCGAGAAACUAGACAUUUGCAAAUAAGAUAUUGCUGAUAAUGAUGAAAGGCUUUUGGCUUAAUAGAAAAGUUUGAAUAUGCUAAAUUAUAUCAAGGAUGAAUUUUCGCUUUUGAUACAAUAGAUGCGGAGCAAAAUAUUGGAACAUCCAAUUAAUGAAACUUCUUUGUUUGAAGGGGAAUCACUCUUUAUAGCUUUGAAGAUAGGAUUGAUUAUAAGAUUCCCUUAACAGUUCAAGCAGUUCUUAAAUAAUAUGUCUCUUUUUGAAUCAUUCAAGCAUGAACUUAAGGUUUCAGCUGAUAGGGAAAAAGUCAUGAAUUUUAUCUUUUCUUUUGAGGAAAUCAAAAAACUCUGUUCUCGGCUGUCGAUGAUACCCCGUGAUCAUGAUUUCCAAUUUGCAAUAGGCAUGAUAAAAGUCUCAUGCAAAAUUCUUUGCCCAGUGCCCUUGAUAUACGAUCCUGGCGAAAUUGCAUUCUAGUUCUUAAGCAACAAACUUAACUAGUUCAAAGCAAAGGACGGGCGAAAGACAGUCAUUUAUAAGAUAUUAAUCAGAGAAUAAGCCAAGAAUGAAAAACAAGAGGAAAAUACUCUUCCAAAGAAGAUAAAAAAGUGCAUCACCAGAGGCUAUCAUUUGGUAUUAAAAGACAUUGACAAUGUCUCUCUAAGGAGUCUAGAGCCAGUAAUAAAUUGGAUCUACAACGCUUUCCAGCACAAGAUCAAAGGCCAUCAUGGUGAUUUUAACUCUUAACUUUAAAUUAAUCCGCAUGAAGUAGUCUCUGUCCAUCGAAAGUUCCGCAUGUUCAUAGUCUUCACCAAGAAGCAUCCUUUGAAGAACUUAGACUCUUCGAUUGUCUCUAAGCUUAUUAAGUUUAACUAUGACCUCAAUAUAAACUAAUAGCUAUAGUCCUCUCAAAGUGUCAACGUCCUGAAGAUGUAUAUUCAAAAUGUGCUUAGGAAAAAUCUGGACCCUAUGUUCAAGUAGUUUGUGAAAAGACGCACUAAUGAGUACGAGUACAUUAUUAAGGCUACUGAUGACAAGAAACGUAUUCGCAGAUUCAUUAGAGAGACCUGGGAGUACAGAUAGAUAAAGGAAUAAGAUAACCUGAUACUGAAGGUUAAGCAAUAACUUGAUGAUCUACACAUGAGUAUAUAUUCUCAUAAGUUCGAUGACGGCAGUUCAAUGUUUGAUCAUGAGGCCUCUCCCUUGCUUAAACGUAAAAAGCAAAUUAAGAUCCCUGAAAUGGUUAAGGAGACUAGAGUAAGUAGCGCAUCUAAGAAGCAGAGUAGAAGAGCAUCAAUCAGAAAAUCCUCUUCUUACUAUCACGAUGGAACAGACAGAUCAGACAGGAACAGUAUUUCUGGUGUUUCAAGUGCUAUUACGGGUGGCAUUCUAGGACUGAAGGGAGUUCAGUCUAAACUGACUAUAAAGAUCCCUAAGAAUACGCAAAGUUCGAAUGCAGGCUUUAUGAGUAAAUUUAUGCAGACUAGCAACAGCAGCAACAAUCGUCCCUCUUUAACUAAUCAAGAUGAUUAAAACAAUAAUUUGGUAUCAGUAAUGUCUAUGCAGCUAAGGAGAACAAUGACUCGCGUUUAGCUGAAUCAAAAAACUGACAGCAGACCUCUGAGCUAAGAAAGAGAUAGCAAGAAGGCUUAGAUCACCAGCAGAGAUUUCGAGAGUAUUGAGGAGGAAAAAGAAAUGGAAUAGGAGAAGGAAUUCCAGCAUGAUCAAAACAUUGAGGAGUACGAUGAUUUGAUCCACAGUGUGAAGGUGGUGUUCUCGACACUGCAGAAGAUCAAGAAACAGAUUGGCAAUAUUUACGGCUUUUCACUUAUACAGUUCAGACACAUUCUUGACCUCUCCAUCAAGCAAAGCAAGUCCUAAUGCACAAAUGUAAUCUCAUUAGCUAAUCGUAAUUCAUAGUAAAAGGAACUGCUGAGCAUGAUACUAAGGAAAGCCAUUUAGAAGAUUCAGCAUGUUCUGAGAGAAGAUCAUCUGCAGCUGUUCAACUUUUGCCUGACAAUUGAAUUCUAUGCGAGGCAGAUACUUGACGACAAUAAAGAGCUGCUGGUUAAGCAAAUUAAGUUCAUGAUUCAAAGUAAGAAUUAAUAGUUUAGAAAUUGGUGUGUAGAUAAGUGUGAGAUUGAGAACUUGUCAAGAAGGAAGUCAACUAAGAACCUAGAUUUCUAGCCUAUAGUAAAUGCUCUGAGGAGCAUGAAUGAAUGCAUAAGCAAGGAAUAGACUUGGAUUCCUCCUAUUUACCAAAAGCAUGCUAAGUUUGUGAACUAGUUUGAUCUGAUUUAGUACUUGGAAAACAAUGCAUAAAACUCCUAUGAAGGCAAUAAACUUAAGCACAAUGACGACAGAUCCAUAGCUGACGAGCUCAACAUGAUUGUGGAAUAAGAUAAGAGGCAAGGAAUCUAGUUUUUCAGAUCAGAGCGAAUCAUUAAAGAUAUCUACGCUGAAAAGCCUCAAGCUAAGGGACAAUUGAUAGGUCAAGGCAGUAAAAUAAACAGACUAAAGAAACAAUCUCAGGCCUACAAAGCCCAAAAGAGCACUUUGAUCAACAACCCAAAUGUCUUGAAGAAUCUGCAAAACUAAAGGCCAACCUUCAUUCCUCGCAAAAACUGGGAUCUGCUGAUUAACCUAGUUCAAGAGUUCCCAAUGCAGUUCCAGGGUCUCAUUAAAGCCAUCCUCGAUGAUAAGAAGAAAUGGGAGAAGUUCUUGACUGAGUUGAAGCCAGUCAACUCUAUUGAAGAUAAGAUGGGUGAAUAUGAUUUUCCAGGAGACUGGGUAACUAUUCUGAAGCCCUUUGAAAAGUUGCUUGUAGUGUAUUGCUUAAAGCCAGAAUGCCUGGUGUCAGUAGCCUCUAAUCUCAUCCAGCUAGUUCUAGACAAUAGUUUUGUACAAGACCAAGACACUUAUGGCAUUCUAAAUACCAAGAUAACAAUGAAGAGGGAUCUAGUGCGCAAGCCAAUUAUUAUGUUCUACGAGAAUCAAUCCUUUGCUCCUUCAAAGUAUAUCAAGAUUCUAUGUCAGCAUCACAAUAAAGAACUCUUUACCUAUGAUGCUAAGGGUUUCCUUGAAGCUUACAUGAAUUCUAGAGCUCUCUAAAAGGUACAGCUUUUGAACCCAAUAAAUCCAUCCCCUAAUUAGCUUCUGGAUAAUACUCCUUCAAGAAAAAAGACUCAAUUAAAUCUGCUGCAGAAAGAAUAAGAUGUUCAUAAUCUAAUGAGUAUUUUGAAUAGCAACUCAUCUAAUCAUGUGAUUAGCGAUGAUAAGAUUCUACUCAUUGAAAACAUCAAUGAACUGUAAGGGGAAGAUUAAAAGUUCUUGGUGAGGAUACUAUUAGAUCUAUAAAGAAUUCAUAAUAACCGCAGAAUUAAAGUGUUCUUGAGUUAUAGAUGCGCAGUAGUAAACCAAAAGGAAUAUCAGACAAAGAACCUUAGAAGACAGCAUGGAAUAGAGUUCUUAAUCAUAAACAGCAUAGUUAUUUAUCUUAACAACCCGCAGAGUAUAAAGAGAUACAUGGAAAGAAUGCAUCACGAAGAGAUUCUACUUUCCAAAGAGGCGAUGCAUAAAUAAUAAAAACAGCAAUAGCUUUAGAUGAAAAUGGAGAUGCAGCAACAGUAGUAAUUGAAUUCUCUCACAGAUGCAAAGUCACCUGUGAAAAGAAUGAUCAAGCCACUUUUGAAGCGUUCGUCGUCAACAAUAUCUAAUCACCAAACAGCCUAACUAUAAAGUAUCUACAAGCACUAAGUAUUAAAGGACUCUAAUUUCCCACAGGCUCAAGUAGCCAUACUUAGUGAUAAAUUCUCUAAGAUUAUUAGAGAACAUGCUAAAGACUUUGAGAGAAGCUAAAUGAGAGUCAGGUACAUUUUGAAUUUCAUGUGCGCUUUACAACUGCUUAAGAAGAACGCCAUUUGCCACACAGGAAUGUCUCUAAACAAUCAAUUCUACUUUAACCGCCAGAAACUCAUCAGCAUGACUACAUUUCAGCACAUGGUCGAGUAAACUAUGGACUUUACCUUUAAGGCAUUCUUUGAAUCUCCCAGACAUUAAGUUCAAUUCAUCUUAAAUACUUUGGAGUCAUAGUUCUCAACAGUUGAUUCACACAGACUAAUAAAAUUCGAGUCUUUGGCUACAUAUAAAUACAUGAUUAAAUCCCUGCUUUGCAAUACACAGAAUGAAAACGCUGCUAAUGUGAUAUAAAUGAGCACCUCCACUCACCGAAACUGCUAUCAAAUACUUCUUGGCAAAUUCUACUCAGGCUAAGAGUUGCAAGAUGCAAUAAACUGCAUGCCUGAUACAGAUCUAUAUUCAGUAAGAGGAUCUACUAUUAAUUAGGAUCUAAUGAGCAACUACUUCAAGUCUCAGUCUUUUUUAAGAAAAUUAGCAGAUAUUUAUAAUGACUAGGUCCUCUACAAUGAGUGGAAUAUUAAGAAUGAUAAGGAUGCUGAAGACAUUAAAGCCAUUGAAGCGGAAGUCAAAAGUUAUAGGGACAAUUCUGAUAGUCCAUAAUCAAUUGAUAACAGAAGUCAUAAAGAAUUCAUUGUGUUUUCCUAGGUUCAGAAGUUCUUAAGUGAAUCAGUAAAAAGACAGAUGUACAAAAACGCUAAACAAACUGAGGAGGAGAGAUAAGACCUAAAGAGAAAGUACAACUAUAUAACCAAGCUAGACAUCAAUCCACAAGUCGAUGCAAUUUUGGACCUAGCUUUGAUUGAAGAGAAUGAUUACCAUUUCUCACUAAACAUCAAGGAAGCAAACUCUAUAACUCCCAAAGUAAACUUAAUUUCAUUAACGAUUAUGCUAAAUUAGGCUCAAGAUUAAAUAGACAACCAGCUGAAGUCUGGGGAGACUAGUAUGGAAAAGGACACAAACAUGAAGACAAUGCAAGAAAUGACCAAGGUAAGGGACCUAGCUGAGAACAUACUGAGCAUCAUUACUAACAAGUACUUCGAUUACACUCCUAGACAGUCAUCUAGCAGAUAAAAAGCUACUAAAAAGGUCAAUAGACAACAGACUUCAAGACCUAAGUCUUCCAAAAAUAAGAAGGGAGGAGAAUCAGAUGAAAUAAUUGAAUAAAAACAAUACCAAUCUCGAGAAAUAAACAUUCUAGAUGAAGAUAUAUUCCAGAACUAUAGAGGUCUCUAGCAAGCCAGCCCAAUCAAACUUCAAAAGCCUGAAAGCAACACUUCCAACCAUGGUGGCAGCAGUCUAUUUAAUGAGUAGUUACUGACAAUGCCGCAUCCACUUGAAGGUAGGAGAACAUUCGCAAAACCUACUAGGACUAAUCUAAGAUUGGAUAGACAUGUAGAGCGACCACCUGAGGACUACGAUCCAAUUUCAGCAGCUGGAUUGGGCAAACGGGUGUCUGAAAAAAUUUCAGAUUCUCUCAAGGGCGGUAAAACAAGUCAGACUAUUUCUGAGAUGAACUAUGUGUCUAGUAAAGCCAGCAGUGAAAUUCAAAUAUAAGGCAACUCACACCAAGAAGGAAAUCAAAAUAAUAAUUAAACAGAGGAGAAAAAGGUGACUGCUAAUGCUCGCAAGAAGAUGGCUUUUAGAAGAUCGCAGGUGCAUAGUCAAGAGUACUAAGCUGUAGAAAAAAGGAUAAGUGAUACCAACUUAGAGGUGAAGCCAGAAAUAGAAAAUAAAUAUGGAGCAGAUGGAGACAAUAACGAAGAGCCUACAAAUGAUAACAAAAGAAUGAGUCGAUUAAAGGUUGAUAUAAGAGGACCUUAACACAGAGGGUAAUCACAGAUUCUCACAAGCAAUACUGUACAGAAGCUGAUGCAAAGAGUUCAGAGCAAGGAUCAAGUUUCUACGGGAAAUCUACUUGCAAUCAGUAAGGAAGAACUCGAUGAUUCAUUCAGCAGUGUUUCAAGCCCUUCUCCUAUGCCUACUCAUGACUCUAAUCCUUAGAACAGCCCAUAACCAGGGUAAAAGUAACCAUCUCGUAAACCAAGUAAAAAGGAUUCUGAAAAAAAGAUAAAUUAGGAAAAGUUUGAAGAAGAAGAGAAGUCAGUUGCCAUUAGAGGCAUGCCUUAUCUUAGAAAAUAAAUCUCUAUAAAUGAAUCUUCAAGCAAGUAGGAGAGUCUAUUAGUAGAACCCUCCAAAUCAAAAACAGGGAAGCAGAGUGUGUAGGUAGCAAGCAUUGAAAAGAUCAAUCUGUUUCCUGGUCCGAAUAACAACUUAGAUCACAACGACGUCAUCCAUGAAGAGUCAUUCGAGUCAUCUCAAUACAGUAAGUCCAAUUCAAAAAGACUAGUUAUUGAAGGAUCUGAAGUCGAUUCCAAAUCAGGGGAAAAGAAGAAAAAUAUGCAGAUUGAAAUCGAUAAUCAAGAUGAGUCAUAUGAAACUAUAGAAGAAGACGCUAGAAGAACGUUAUCGAAAAAACCUUAAUAAACCAAUCUGGAAUAGCUGUAUUAGCACAAGAAUGUGAUUGAACUUCAGAUAUCGCACGAGAUACCUGUCAUUAGAGCACUAAUUUUCUUAAUGAAGACUGAAUUAGAAGAGCUUUUGAACUUCAUUAAGGGAAGCAGGUUUUAAUGGUUAAAUCAUGGCCUGAUCAACCUGUACAACUGCUUACUAAAUAAUGUGGUACCGCCAAACUGGAUGAGUAACGGCUUUGGUGUAUGUCGAUUGAACAUCACUUUAAAUGAAUGGGUGGAGUCUCUAGUAAUAAGAAUGUCUUACCUAGUCUAACUAGUAACUAAUAGGGCUAAUGAGCAGGCAAACUUCAUAGACUUGAGUAGACUAAUGAAGCCUGGCUAUAUCUUCAAUCAAAUGAUAUUUAGAUAUUUGUUCAAGAGUGUCUGUAUCGAGGACUAGGCUAUGAACUUUGAUUUGAAUAGCUUCAACUUUAAGGCGCAGAUCCUUGACCGUAGAGUUUCAUAAGUAGAGAUACAGAAGUACAUGAUUAAGAUUAAUAAUGAAUAGAAUGGAACGAUCAUUCAUAAAGUCUUUAUUUGCGGAAUUAAACUUAUUGGAGCUAGAGUCGAUCUCACUAAUGGAUUCUUAGAAGAUGCGAAGACCAGGGUAUUUGAAUACCCCAUGCCUGCCAUAUGUCUCAGUAUUGAGGAGAAAGACGAUAGAUUCAACUUGCUUUCUAGCAGCACAACUGUUGGUAAUAAGCAAUAAAAGUACCUAACUAAUGAUGUUUUCACUUCAAUUGACAUAAAGAUAGAAUGCCAAUAACUGCCAUUUGUAGUAUCUUAAAAAGGCUAUUACUACUUUGAAGACGUAGAGUAGAUGGAAGAGGCUAUCAAAGACCAUCCUGAACUUUUCAAAGGUUAAGGGAUGUCUUAGUCUGGAUAAUAAAAUAACUACCGAGAUCCAAAGGUGCCUCAGAUUCUUGUUAAGCAAAAUACCUUCUAAAAGCUUACCUAAUAAAGAUAGUAAUAAAAACUGCAAAGUGAAAAUUCUAGCUAAGUUUUAAACAUUAGAACUAUUACUAAGAAAAAAUUGUCUUCUCAUGUGAAUAAAGAAGAGCGCAGUGCAAAGAAUCAAACUCCAGGAGGAGGAACUAAUAGCAAUAGUGGGAAAAAUAGUAAUAUUCUUGGAUUUGAAAGAUCAAUCACAAAGUAGAAGAAAGAAAUGGACUUAACUCGCUCGCUAUCACCUGACUUCGUCAGCAGAAGAUCUUCAAUAGCUACUAAGCCUUCAUUUGGAAUUGCUGCAGAACCUGAACACAAACAAAUUAAACAAUCAAGAAGCUCAUAAAACUUGAUGAGUAUGUUUUAGAUAACCCAUGAUGAGGAAAAGAAUCUAAUAUAGGCUGUUCAGGAGAAGCAUUAACUUUAUAAAGAGGGUUUUACUUCAUAAAAGCUUACCAAGAACAUUAAGUUCCCUUAAUCUCACACUCAGGUUGUUGAAGAGGUUAAGUAAUAGGAUGCAAGCAAAAAAAGAGGCAAUAGUGGUAAAAGCAACAAUGCAAAUGCAGGGGGUGUCUAGAAUCAGGCAAACAAAUAACCUCCAAAGAGGGAGGACACAGAAUAGUUUGAUCAGAUGACUAUGAUACUUAGAGGAAACAAGAAAGUGAAAAGAGAUGACGAGGACAAACUAGAUCAUGAAAAUGCUCCAAAUAUACUGCCAUUUAGAAGAAGGGAUGAUAAGAUAUAUCAAGUGAGAAUACCACUAAUAGUCGAUUUCAAUGUUAGAGUCUAAGACUGCACAAAUCUCAAGGAAUUCGGAUAGGACUCUUUCAAAUACCACUUCAUUUUCAAUUCUCAUUUCAAUCAAGCCUACUGGGAUAACUUAGGGACGUUUACCAUUUGUGAGCCCAAAAAUAUAAUAUGA